AUGACCCUACUAUUUAUAUUGGUGUUAAUGCUUCGGAGCUGGGAUGUUUUUGCCAUUGACAUCGAAAUUACUCGAGAUCCAAAAAUCACCGUUGGUGAUCGAUUAGAUUUGGAAUGUGAAGUCACAUCCGGCUUUAUUGACGAAUGCAUUUGGUACGGUCCCGAUGGUCGGACUAAAUUUACCACAUCCCGCCGAGGCAACGCCAGAGAUGCCGAGGUUGAUAUUGAUGGUGACUUUUGUAUAUUGAGUAUUCCCAGAGCUUCAUCCGAAGACAAUGGGCCUUGGGAAUGUGUGAUUUAUGAUCGAGACGAGACUAAAGGCAAAUUUGCUUUCGCUCAAAUCCGCAGCCAGAGCGGCAAGUUGGAAGUGGAUCUACUGCCGAGUCAAAAAGAAGUGGUGGCUCAAAGAGGAGCUCGAGUGGAACUUAUCUGCCCCACCAACGCCAUUUUUUCCGACCCCAAAGCCGCACCUCUCUGCAAUUGGCUGGACCCAUUGGGAGAGACUCACAACCUGGUGGGGAGACGGGGUGAAGUGUUCCGAAAUGAGCAAACGGGUCUUCGUGGUACCGGCGACUUGAGCAAGGGAGAAUGUGGAAUCAUGAUUGACGACGUGCGUGCCCGUCACUAUGGGAUUUGGUCUUGCAAGGUUUUGCGACAACGACAGGAUGGUCGCCCAGGAUCCGAAGUGAUCACAGCCGACUUACUUUUGACCGACGAACCCCGACGCUCUCGAUCGAACACCGACGACGAACUCCAAGGAUUCCAAGACGGGGAUCGAGAUGUGAAGAUCAAUGUCGACUUCGACUUGGCCUCUAAGUCGUCAUCGCAGCAAAAUCCCACUGUUUAUUGGAUAGUUCAACGCCAAUACAUCGUGAAAGAAAACCGCCGCUAUUGUCCUUCCAACAGCCGGGAUUGUUACACGUCGUCUAGUAGGCAGCAAAAGCAAGGCAACACAUACGCCAUUGAGCUCUCCUUUGAUGAACUCAUACGUGAAGACAUCAGGGAGCCCAUUGUUUUGGUGCGUGAUGGCACGGACGGGAACGGACGAGGCCAGGUGCAAAUGGACUUUGUUCCCAAAGUGGCCGAGUCCUUGGAAAGUGUGUCGGGCAUCAGCCGAGACAACGGCUGCGUGGUGAACGGUCAAUAUCGAGCCGUAGGAGAGCUUGUCACUCUUCGAGAUGACUGCGUUGAAGUCACUUGUGAGAGCGCUGGAAAGGUCGAGAUUCGGGCCAUUCGAAAUUGCACGCCAGAUACCCGGAAUCGUGACAGGGACAACACUGAACUAGACACCGACCGAGACCGCGACAGAGAAACGGACCGCGACCGGGACCGGGAUCGGGAUACGGGGAGAGGGGCUGACCGCAAUUCUUUUGACUGAUAAUGUGCGAUAACGUUUACAUUUGAAUACAUAAAAAGAAAAAUCUGA